GCCGAAUUCCACGCCGCGCCCGCGUCCACUCGUGUCUCGUUCGCGUCGCGUCGCGCUGCACGCAUCGGUGUCACGUGACGGUGGCGACCUCACGGCUGACGCCUACAAGAAGCCGUCCGCGCCGCGCCUUUCUCCGCUCCCCCGCGCGGCCGGCGAGCUAGGGAGGAGACAGAGAGAUGGACCCGGAGAAGCAGCGCCAGCACGACGGCGACGGCGACGGCGAUGGCGCCGCCGCGGCGGAGGCGGACAUCGAGCGGCUCCCCGUCGACCUCCUCGCGCACAUCCUCUCCCUCCUGUCUUCCUUCCGCGACCUGUCCAUGGCUGGGGGAGCGAGCCGGAGGUGGCGCUGUGCCGUGGAGCGGGCACUGGCGUCGCGGCGGCGGCUGAGCUUCGCGGGCCAGCGCACCGGCAACGACACCGCCGCGCGCCUCAUCCGCGCCGCCGUCAACCUCCGCGACCUCGACAUUUCACGAAGCUGCUGGGGCUGCCAUAUUACCGACGAAGGCUUGAUCAAGAUUUCCUCCGCGGAUUGCGUCGGCAAUCUGACCUCCAUAUCGCUCUGGGGAUUGGCCGGCAUCACCGACAAGGGCGUCGUUCAUCUGGUUUCAAGGGCUUAUUCUUUGCAGCACCUGAACAUUGGUGGGACAUUCAUCACAGAUGAAUCCCUGUAUGCGGUUGCAAACAGCUGCACAAAUCUGAAGAGCAUCAUCCUGUGGAGCUGCCGCCACGUGACGGAGGCCGGGCUGGUGGCGCUGGUGAACAAGUGCCGGCGGCUGGAGUGCAUCAACGUCGGCGGGAUGCGGGUGCCGCCGGAGAGCUUCGUGGGCCUCCUCUCCAUCAGCCCCGCCCUCCAGAUCAGGUCCAUCCACCGCAUCCUCAACGCCGGCGUCGGCGUGCAGGUCUCUUGAUCGGAUGAUCCAUGCAUGCAUUAUCCAUGGAUGAUAAGGAUCAUAUGUGUCAGUCAGUUACAGUAUCAAGCCAUAAACCCACAUUUGUUGCCACUGUGUUUUUCAUGGAAAAAGAAUUGUCAGAAGGGAUUCAUCAAAUUAUGGAUCAACAUAUACGUGUGUGUGUGUGUUCCUGUUGUCUUAUUGUUGUUGUAAAGAAAAAAAGGAUACAUUGUCUUGAUUCUAUCUUUUGUACAUGUAUACAUGUAAAUAAAUUGUACCGAUACUUUUCAUCUAAAAAAAUUGUACCGUCACUGCACCACUGGAAGUGCUAGGAACUAUAGGAAGUGCGUGUGAGUUGUGUGUCUGUGUUGUGACACUCAUAUAUAUCAGCAUCAUAUACUUGUUAAGGUUCAGUUA